AUUACGCAGAGGGUUAUCACAUCUCCUGUCAAAGUACGGCUGGAGUCUGGACAAUGGGAGCGGUAUGGCGAACAGAGUCUUCAGGAAUGGAUCGCGCACUGCAGGUCCAACAAAUCACCCAUCAAUUCGCCGAGCAGUGGGCGUUUGCUGAUUGAGGACAGCAUUGAGCGAGACUUGGACUUUGGAAAGAAAGUCGAAAAAUACAUGGCUGAGUUUCGGCAGGGCGUCGUCGACCUGCCUCAUGAGUCAAAUCGUCUGACUGCAAACAUGCAGCAGCUGGAAGACUUGGUCGCGAUGUUCGAUACUGUUCAGCCAGUCGUGGCAAAAGUCCUGGAGGGCUGGACGCCGCCUCACAUCAUUGUGGUGGGGCUGGAGAACAGUGGGAAAUCUACUCUGUUGGAGCGCUUGUUGAAGCUACCAGUUUUUCCCCGUUCCCCCGACGUGUGCACUCGGAUGCCUAUUCGAGUACGGGUGCGCCGAGGAGGUUCGCAGGCUGUAGUUUUUCUUUCGGUUGUUGAGCGAGGAACGGGUGUAAAGAUCAAGGGCCCGAUCAGGUUAGCGCUAGGGUCCAGCGAGGACGUCUUGCGGCGCACGAUGGACGAAUUUGCCGAUGUGGCGGGUAUGGAAUUGGAGGUUACUGUCACCUCCCCUGUCUUGCCACCUGUAAACCUGAUUGACUUACCGGGUCUUGUUGCAUAUCCUCCUGAUGACCGCGAACGGACGAGGGCUCUCGUGCUUGAGUACAUUCGUCACUACAAGGCGAACUCUGUGUUCUUGUUAGUCGGGCCCGCCUUCGUACCACCGAAUCAGUCGGAGGCUUUCGCGAUGGUCAAGUCCGAAGAUAUAGAAGAUCGUUGCAUUGGCGUUUUGACAAUGAUGGACAGGCUUACUGAAAUUCUUCACUCCAGUACUGAGCGCCUGCUUCGGUGGUACUGCCACUGCAACGCUCACGCCUUACGGUUUCAUUGGGACAGCAAAUCCACCGACCCAACUCCAGGAAGGCGAGUCACCAAUGGUACGGUUGUGUCACCAGGAGCAACAUGAGAGGGGACAGCUUGAAAAAAUUGGGUUGCGUGGCCAUGGCGUAAGCGAAAUAUUAAACAGAAUUCGCGACGUGUAUCGACAGAACAUGGUUCGCGAUGUUGUCCCCAACACGAUUAGAUGCUUGUUGGACCAGCGCCAAGCACUGAAGGUAAAGCAUGCAGAGUUGGGGUUGCCGUCAGCAAGUGGUGAACUGACUGACGCGGCUAUUCAGUUUUUGUCUACCACAGUGCGCGACCGACUGUUCGUUUUGUCGGACAGAUUUCAUGAAGAGGCGAAGCGGCUGCAAUCAGCUCAGAUGGAACUCCUCCAAGGAAAUCUGAUGGAGCUCAUGCAGAAGCUGAGCGUAGCGACAGGGGACCAAUUUGACGACAGCGUGCUCAGUCUGUGUAAGAAGAGUGUAGACCAUCUGUCGACUGAGUUGGACACAUGCUUGGACGUCUUGCUGGGCGACAACGAACAGCCUCUGAGGUUGCAGCGGUUUCCAUCCAUAUUACGCGAUAUGAAAGAACUACUGAAACUUACGGUCGAGUCUUCAGACGAGUUGCCUCGGUACAUCGUGCUCUUCCGCUCUGGAGUUUCCCCGUUGUGCAGUGGCAGCAAUGUGUCUCCGUAUUCAGUUCUUUCUCGUGAAGGUCUCACGCAGCUGGCAAAACACCUAGCACAUCUGACGCACGGCAGCCCGCUUCCCACUGCGCACUCCCGUGGCGAUGACGUAACGAAAGUUGUGCGUCGUGAGUUGUUGGUGGAGACUUGCUACGCCUACCGCUCUGACCUCGAUGAGCAGCUCGCCCGACUUACGGAUGCCAUGCGCGCCAUGAUGAAAGUGUCGCUAGUAAGUGUCGGCGACAUGUGCUCAGCUGUAGGAUUCGACACCUUUGAGCAGAAGGUAAGUGACGUCUAUCACUUGGAGAUGACGCUGGUAUCCAGCACUUGGACCGACCACUUGGGGACCAAUGCUUUCUACGCAGAGGUCAUCAACACCAAGUGGGCCAAGUACUUCACGCUGGAGCUGCCAUGUCGGCACGACAGGACCUACCGCGUCGAGGAGGGGCAGGGUCGACACUUCCUCAGGUUUGCCGAGGGGCAAAGUGCGGACGGGCAAAGAGCGGACCAGCAAGAGAAGCGCAGAGCUCGUGACGAGGAGUACCUGGACAGGGAGAAGCAGCUCAGGCGGCAGGCCGUGGACCACGCCUGGAAGAAAUUCGCGCGGAAGGCAAUGGAG